CACCGCGACAUCACCGACGCGUCACCCGCACCAACACGCGCAUUCAUUCCUUGCGGACAAGACUCUGAACAUGGCGCCCACAAAGAAACGCGAAGCGCGCGAAAACAAUUACUACAAUGUUGGUGUGCAGGGAAGGAAAACUGGUAUUACACUCGCAGACAAAGGCGUUUACGACGAACAUGGUCUGGAACCGAUUUCCGGCAUCUUCUCAUCCCCAGAAAGAUCCCCACCUAAGCGCGGAGACGAUGCGACUGGAUCAGGCUCGAUGGAAAUACAAGAGAGUUCAAUGCCAGAACUCACCACAUCCCACCAGAUCUUGCGCAACAACCGAACACUCCUCCCUCCACCCCGAUCGCGGUCGCCGAAGAAGACCAACCUCGGAUCCUCGCCGCGACGACAAUCAUCCAUGGCACCGAGGGGAAGCUCUCCUCCCCCAUCCAGCCCUAUCCGCGACUCUGCACAGCCAAUUGCGCGACGCCUCGACUUCGAACAGGAUGAAUCAAGCCUACAAGAGACGCCAGCUCUGAGCGGCUCAGGCGCGCGACGAGGAAAGCGAUCAGACGUAUACGACAUACCUGAAGAAGAAUCGCCGGCCCCGGCAGAGAGCGCGAUAUUUGAAGAGAGCAUUGUGCAGGAAGAAAUCACAGCCAACGAGUUGGAGAUAGCCGCUGAGGAGAGUUUUGUUGCGCAAAUCGGGGGCGAUGAGAGCAUGGCCGAUGACCAAGUUAUUGAGGAUCUUGAGGAGUUGGAUCGUGAGGAAGAGUCUGAACUUGUUCCAGAACCACCAAAAGAGAAGGCCAAGAGGGGUAGGAAACGGAAGAGCGAUGUUGUGGAGGUUUCAGAAGGGGAGGAGCAGGAACCAGCAGAGAAGCCGCGCAAACGCGGCCGCCCUGCCGCAGCGCAAGCUUCGGGGUCACAGAAGGGCAAGAAGAAUGCGCCUGCUGAGCGCCGACGCUCAGAACGUGUCUCCGACGUUAGCGAACUGGAGGCACCUGUGGACGAUUCGAUAGAUCAAUCUGAGCAGGCUGAGGAAGCACCCGUUGCGCCGAAACGACGAGGACGGCCACCCAAGGUACAACCGGUUAGCGAACAAGAGAGUAGCAUUGUCGAAGCGCCGGUCGACGACUCAGUAGAGCAAUCAGAACACGCUGAGGAAGCGCCUGCACCGAAGAAGCGCGGCCGACCGGCGAAAGCGCAGCCAAAUAGCGACAAAGCAACAUCUUCAGCAUCGGCAUCGGCCAAACCAGCGAAGAAGUCCAAUGCAGAAUUCACAAAGCCCGCGAAACCUGUGGGCAGACCGAAAGCGAACGCAGAGUCCAAAGCGAAGUCGGCAAGUGCAGAGCCAAGGGCCAAUGCAGUGUCGAAAUCGAAGACUCCACAGGCGGAGAGCGAGGAGGCUGGCAAGCUGGUAGAUGUGUAUGGAAACCCUCUCAGUAAAAAGGACAUCGAUCAGAUAUCUGCGACAUCCGCCGGCUCACGCUUCGGACGGGGACGACAUCUUUCAGUAUUCCGCGAGAUGGAUCCUGACAAUGUCGCUCGCAUAGGACGGACAGGCAGACAUCGUGUUGCGCCCAUCGACUUCUGGAAGAACGAUCACAUCUCCUACGACCCCGACGGCAGCAUGUCGUCGAUUGUGAAGAGUCAAGCAGUAGAGGAAGAGAGGAGACCAACGAAGAAGUCCAGCUACAAGAGCAAAAAGAGGGCGCUCACUGUUGUUGAAGAAGAAGAGAUUGAGCUUGACCCCUGGGAAGAGCAAGGCACUCUCGUUGGCAACUUUAGAGGUUUUGACCCUGUUGGUGAGGUUCCCUCCAACGACAUCAUCGAAGACACCAUCGCAUGGAACGAAAGGGGUGUCGAGCCCAGAGCCGUCGGAGAUGGCGGCUUCAAAUACGCAAAGAUUGGAUCCAUCGGCAACUUCUUCAACUGGGGUCUCAUUGAACUCGGUCCUGAUCAGAUGAAGCGCACGAAGAAUUCACGGUAUAUGCACAUGAUCUUUAACGUGCAGUCUGGUACUGUGGAAGUGCGUGUUCAUGAGAACGAGUUCACAGUCCACAAGCAGGGUGUUUGGCAAGUCCCUCGAGGUACGUUGUUUCUCAUCAUUUUUCUCUGUCACUUCAGCACAUUCUCGAAGAGUCAUGGCAGCAUGGAAAGAUCUGUCGCCGUGCUCCUUCACAUCCUUUCCUGCAUAACCACAUCCGCCUCCCUGUUACUUCCCUCGUCUCUGUACGACGGCCGUUGUAUUAUGCUCCACGCCAUCUGGGUGUUUGCAUAUCCGCAUCUCACACCACACUUGCACGCUCGCGUUGUGCACUCCUGCUCUGCAACAUGGCACGACAUUGGGGGCCAGGGGUGUAUCCGACAGCAACCAGGGCAAGCGAGCACACAGGCGAAGCGAACCCGAUUCUCGUCACCCGCAUCAGCGUGGCGCUGGCUGCAGCACGCUGUGUAACAAUUGACGCUUGACGCCUCACCCAACCGACGGUGCACAACAUUGGAAGUUACGGCGCGCCAAGGGACAGGCCACUGGACACAAACACGCCUCUUCGAUCCGUUUCGCUCUCUUACCCCAGUUUUUUGUUUUUGUUUCGCAUAUCACCCCCCUU